CUGCCAGUAAACACAAAGAACAAGAAUAGUGCGGAAGUGGACAUCAGUUUAGUCCUCGAAAUAUUUGUAUUUUCUUAUUUAAAAACAUUUAUUACUCACGUAUUGAGAACAUACUUAUUUUAGAAUACCAGUUACUCUCGCAGACUCUUUGUACGAGUACAGUCGGUGGCGGAUUUGAGGAUUUGACAGGAUAAAUAACUACAGUUGUGGAUUUAUAGACGCACGCGACCACUUUCAAUGAGAAAUAAAUAGGGUUUUAUAUUAAAAUAUUUUUGCCAGAUGCUGUGCUUGUUAUGAACACAAACAGAAGCUUGUUUACCAUAAUUAUGCCACAUAAGGACAAGUGAGUGGAGAAACUCCAGCUAAUCCUAAAUAAUGCCUCAUCGUAUAUCGUCAGCAUGGUUUUGGUUUGGAUCAGAUCGCCCUGGAUUCUGUCUGGGAACAUCUUUGUUGACAACACUCUUGCUGCUGAUGUAUGCUGGGGGCAUCCAAGCAAGUCUCACUUUAGGUCCAGGUGGAGUCUUCCCAGGGGUCAGAGAUGUGUUCCUGUAUGCUUUCAGUCAUGAUGACCUGCCCUCUCUGCUGGUCAGUGUUGUUCUCCUGCUGUUGGUGGGACCGUGUCAGGAGCGUCGCUGGGGAACAGUCCCCUUCCUGUCCCUCUCCAUCCUGACGAUGGCCAUAUUACCUCUUCUUUACGGCCUCGUCCUCUUUGUCGGUGGAAGUGAGCCGAGUCGGAUCAGUGGUUACUCUGCCAUCGCGCUGGCACUGUUUGCAGCGCAGUGUCGUCAGGUGUCUCAGAGGAGACUGCUGAGGUGUUUGCCAGUCUGGUUUCUCCCCUGGCUUCUUCUGCUGAUGGGUCUGCUGCUGCUGCCCGGGACACCUGCCCUGCUUCACUUCUGCACAAUAUUCAUCGGACACAACUAUCAUCAGUCCUUCACUGGGAUGUUACAGGAGCUGGAGGAGGCCAGGGUCUUGGACUUUAUUCCUGAUUGGGCGUAUAUUCGCACUUCAGCCCGGUUGAGAUUGCCCACCUACACUACCUCACCGAGAUCUAGAUCACUUUCUCAGAUGAUGCCUGCAGAUCAGGCAGCUGCUCCCCCCAUGAGGGAUCCAUCUGUUUUGAACCACCACCCAUGGGUGGAUCCAGUGCCUGCCUGGAUCAUGAAACAGUCUGCUGCGCUGUCGGAGGCCGACGUUUUGGAGGAUCAGAUGCUAAGGGCAGGAAUACUGGCCUCACUACAGGAUGCUCCCGACAACCCUGAUGCAAAAGUGGAAGUGUCCAAAUCAUCAGUUUCCUCUCUGCGUCUCCAGCAGCUGGAGAAGAUGGGCUUCCCCACAGAGAAAGCCGUAGUGGCACUAGCAGCCUCUAAACAGCUAGAUGGCGCCAUUUCUCUGCUCAUUGAUGACAACGUCGGUGAACAGGCUGUGGUGGUGUCAAAAGGGAAGAGCCCUCCGCCGCCGAGCACCUAGACGACCUCACACUCCUGGAUUAAAUGGUUUGCUCUUAUGCGGUAAACUGGAUUCACAUUAUGCUUGGGUUUUGCUGAGCUUCAGUAUUGUUUUUUACCCUGUGGGCUACUUGUAGAACUAAUUCAAUGAUAAGAAUUUAUCACAACUGUGAAUCUAAUCAAAUGUAGAUGCAAACUCGACUGCUUUGGAGACCAUUUCUGUACCUCUACAUAAAAUGUAAGUUUGCGAGAGUGGAUAUAUUUAUGCUGCAAUUGUGUUUAAUGAAUCCUGUUAACACCAAAUAAAGAGGUGACAUGUUAAAAAAACAAACAAUGAACAUUAUUUUAUUACACCAAUCAUCUAGACAGGAUUACUUUAACACAGUAACUUGCAAGAAACAAAUGUUGAAUGAAAUAUGAAAUGGUUACACAACAGCAUACAAAAUAAGAUACAAUUGAUCAUUUUAAAUAGUUUCACAAUAAGAUUGAUAUAAGAUGAAAACAACAAUUAUCAAGUCUUUUCAUCAGGACAGUUUAAGCCGUCAACAGUGGUAAAAAUAUGUUCAAGUUCCAUUUAACAGUUUUGCUUUUUCCUCCGUGUGUGUUAAAGAUCUUGAAAUGGACAGCCAGUUUGCAGAGUUCUUGUUUCCAGAAUACAACAUCAUUUAUGAGUGUGUACAUUGAUAUGCCACCAAACCCAAAUGUGUGUGCUUUCUUUUUGCACAGAAUAAAUGUAAAUACACUAUUGUA